AUGUCGUCGGCCACUCACUCGACCCCUGAUACUUUGUCUGAUGCAGAUGACGCACCCCGCCCCUUUGCAGGCCACACAAAGAGAAUUACCGCCAUCGAGUACUCUCCUGACGGUCACCUCCUUGUAACUGCAUCUAAGGAUGCCACCGUGCGUCUCUGGGAUCCUCUGACGGGCCAGCAGCUCCAGAAGCUCGACACACCUAGUGGAGCCAAGUGUCUUGUAUUUCACCCCACAGGUAGACAGCUUGCCGCCAUCUGCAAGAAUAAUCCGACCGUCCUGGUCUGGGACAUCAAGGAGGACGAAUUAGGAAUGUUACGGAACAUCACAUCGAAGAGGACAUACGACGUGGGGGGCUCCACAUCUCCCGAAUGCGUCAGAUUCUCCAACAACGGCAAGCUCCUCGCUGUGAUGACAUAUCAAUCCGUUGCCCUCCUAGACGCUGAAUCAGGCCACUUACUCAUAAAUGCGAUCGAGGUGACCCGGCAAUUUAGGCUCAUGAACCUGCUUGCAUUCUCUCCGGGCGGCCGGAGUGUCUUGUUUGCAUACUAUGGUCUUCUACGCCCUAGCACUAUGCACUCAAGCACUCCAACAGUAUACUCAUUUGACUUGUCGACAAGGCAACAAGAACGCGUCAAUCUCUCAACCGACCUGUCUCACCAACCUUGGCCUAUGGUCAUCUCGUACAACGGGACAAUGAUCGCUGGGUUCGCACCCCAUGGAAUACAGAUCUGGAAAGUCGACGGCGGCGAGGUUUUGCAUGGUCCACUCAGGGGGCAUCUAUGGGGAACAAGCAUCAUCUGCUUCUCGCUUGACGACGAGUGGCUCAUCGAUGUCUCCAAGGCAAACACUGUAUGUGUCUGGGACACAUCCACAGGGAAGUCGGCUUUGGGUCCCUUGAGGCAGCCGCCAAGCAGAAACGCGCAUAUCACUGCAGUGACAUGUUCUCUGCUGAAGGACCGCAUAGCUUGCGCGGAUGAAUCUGGAAACAUUCAUGUAUGGGAUACUGAUACUAAACAGGUCGUACUAUCCUCACUCCCAGACAGAAAACAGAUCCAACCGCUGGUCACCCCAGGCCGCUUUGAAGUGGACAGCGUGCAUUGGUUCCCCGAUGGGCGCUACUUCGUUAGUAGCAGCAUGUGCGACGACUACAUCCGCACAUGGGACGCCGAAAACGGGGAGCAAGUUCGCGAGUACUUGGUCCCCGGCGGCUCGUGCAUUGCUCUAUCCCCCGACGGCACGUUACUAGUGGCUGGCUGCGCAACCUACUUCGGGUCCGUCAAGUUAUUUGACACCAAGACGGGAAAUGAGUAUCAGCAUCCUCUCGAUAUCCAUGGUCGAGCGUAUCGCAGAGUCAAGUUCUCGCCCGACGGUUCAGCACUCGCUAUUGUGCUUGAUGACGCACAUGAUUCGAACCUUUGUCUCAUUUUUAACGUUCUCAGUGACCACAAGACGAUGUUUGUUGAACACCCAUCCACAGUCGUAGAUGUUGCAUUCUCACCUCACGGAGAGCAGUUCGCGUACCUCACUGCAAGCGAUGGCAUCCUCAUCUGCAACACUUCGUCAUUAGAUAUGGUCUCCAAGGAUUCCUACACAGUGUCUGGCGUAAUUGACCGCUUUCAUUCUAUCUCAUUUUCACCCGAUGGUCGAAGCCUUCUUAUCUGCUCAGGGGAACUCUUAGUGCUGGACCUGCACACGCGUCAGACUAUUCUUCGUCUUGACGCUAAUAACAUGGACAUCCAGGCGGUAUUCUCGCCUGAUGGGCGGACCUUGUUAUACUCGAUGCAUGGUACUUCCAUUCAAUCCGUCGACGCAGCAACAGGCGAUACAGUUUGGCGAUCCGAGGUUUCGUACGUCACCACCUUGUCUUUCUCACCAGGAGGAGAAAGGAUAGCCAUCGGUUUGAGGAACGGUGACAUCAAGCUCUACGAAGCAACUUCGGGUCGUAUGCUCCUUCCGAAACGAGACAUGUCAUCGGAAGCAAACCUUUCGGACGAAGAGCCUAUUGACGCUGCUGGGGAUCAACAUAUCUCUAGACCAGGACCGUCGCGGCGGGGAAUUAGCCUGGCCGUCGCAGACGAUGACUCAAUCAUGAAUAUGCCUGCAGUUCGUAAGAGUUCUGCUCCCAGACCCGACAGCCCAUCUACCCGACAGAGGAACAGUAGAGCAAAGGACGGGUCGGGCAGGGAGCCCCGUCGUGGAUUCCUUACUCGCCUUACAUCACGUCGCGGGUCUGACCCGUUGGCUUCGAACGAACCUAGCAAUGACCGUCGCCGCAUGUUGCGAAUGCUCGAACUCGUGAGCGUUGGGCGUGCUAAUCUGACCAUCUCCCUUUACCGCAUGUUGUCAGACGCCCCCUCGGCUCCCGAUGCGGAUGAUGGACCUCGCCCCUUCGCAGGCCACACAAAGAGAAUCGCCGCCAUCGAGUAUUCCCCUGAUGGUCGGCUCAUUGCAACUGCAUCUGAAGAUGCCACUGUGCGUCUCUGGGAUCCUCUGACGGGCCAGCAGCUCCAGAAGCUCGACACGCCUAGUGGAGCCGUGUCUCUUGCUUUUCACCCCACAGGUAGACAGCUUGCCACCAUCUGCAAGAAUGAUUCGACCGUCCUCGUCUGGGACUUAAAGGAGGACGAAUUAGGAGUGAUGCAGAACAUCACAGUAAAGAAGACAUACGACGCGGAACCCUACACACAUCCCCAUUCCGUCAGAUUCUCAAACAAUGGCAAGCUCCUCGCCGUGAUGACAGUUUGGUCCCUUGCCCUCCGAGAUGCUGAAACAGGCCAGCUAAUCAUGCAUAUUAUCGAGGUGACCCAACCGUUUAGGCUCAUGGACAUGCUUGCAUUCUCUGCAGAUGACCGAAGUGUCUUCUUUGCCUACUAUGAUCUUCCAACCCCCGGCACUACGCAUUUAGGCACUCCAGCAGUAUGCUCAUUUGACUUAGCGACAAAGCAACAAGGACCCAUCAAUCUCUCAACCGACCCAUCUCACUACCCCCAGCCUCUUACCGUCUCCUACGAUGGUACCAUGAUCGCUGGGGAUGCACCUCACGGAUUGCAGAUUUGGAAAGUCGACGGAGGCGAGGUCUUGCACGGUCCAUUCAGGGGGCAUAUCUUGGGAACAAGGCUCCGCUGCUUCUCGCGCGAUGGCGAGUGGCUCAUUGAUGUCUCCAAGGCAAGCACUGUUUCUAUCUGGGAUACCUCCACUGGAAACUUGGUCCUAGGUCCCUUGAGGCAGCCGCCAAACUUGGGGAUCGAGUCUAUGCAUUGUAUCACUGCAGCCACUUGUUCUCCGCUGAAGGAUCGCAUAGUAUGCGCGGAUGGCUCCGGAAGCAUUCAUGUGUGGAAUGUUGACACUCAACAAGUUGUACUGUCCUCGCUCCCAGUCAGAAAGCGGGUUCGACCGCUAACCAUCCCGGGCUGCUUUGAAGUGGAUGGUGUACAGUGGUUCCCCGACGGGCGCUACUUCAUUAGUAGCAGCAUGUGCGACGACUACAUCCACAUGUGGGACGCCGAAACUGGAGAGCAAGUUCGCAAAUACUUGUUUCCCGGGGGCUCAUGCAUCGCUUUAUCCCCCGACGGUACCGUUCUGGCUGCUGGCUCUGCAUUUUAUGCUGAAUCCAUCGCGUUCUUUGACACCGAGACAGGUAAAGAGCACUCGCAUUCUCUCGAUGGUCCCGUUCGAGCGAGCCGCAAAAUGAAGUUUUCUCCCAAUGGUUCGACACUCGCCAUCGUGCUAGACGGCGGACAUGACUCGAACCUUUGUUUUAUUUACAACGUUAUCGGUGACCGCAAGACGAUGUUUGUGCAGCACCCAUCGACCGUCCUGGAUGUUGCAUUCUCGCCGGAUGGAGAGCAGUACGCGUACAUCACCACAGACGACGGCAUCCUCCUCUCCAGUACCUUGUCAUUGGAAUUUAUAUCAAAGAUUUCCUCCAUGACGUCCGACGUGUCCGGCCCCACUCACUCUAUCUCGUUUUCACCUGAUGGCCAACGCCUUCUCAUUUGUUCGAGGGGACUCUUGGUGCUCGACCUGCACACGUGCCAGACCAUCCUUCAUCUUUAUGUAGGUUUUGGUCAUGUCCACGCGGCAUUCUCGCCCGAUGGGCGGUCCUUGUUGUACUCAGUUCGUGGCUAUCCUAUGCAAAUGGUCAACGCAGCAACAGACGAUCCAAUAUGGCAGUAUAACGUUUCCAAUCUCACGUGCUUCGCUUUUUCACCUGGGGGAGAAAUAAUAGCUGUUGGGUCUGAAUACGGGGUCUUCAAGCUCUAUGAAGCGGCGACGGGUCAUAUGAUCCUCCCAAAAGGAGAUAACACGUCUUCUGACGGCGGAUCGUCAAGUGAUGAGCCCCUCAACAUGGCUGCGCAUGACAGUAGGCAAGGACCAUCGGGACGAGGACUCACUCUCGCUGAUGCAGAUGAUGAUUCACUCAUGAACAUGCCUGCAGCUAUCAGGAGAUCUGCCCCAGGAGGUUCUAAUGCGCGUCAAACUCCUAGGAAGAACAGCGGAGGUAAAGACGUGUCGGAUGGAGAGCCCCGCCGUGGGCUCAUUGCUCGGCUCACGUCGCGUCGCAACUCUGACGGGCCAACCUCCGAUGAGCCUAACAAUGACCGUCGCCGCAUGUCACGGAUGUUCGAGCUUGUUAGCGUCGGCAGAGCCAAUUUGCGUGUAAUGGCCGCCGGACCUAGCGAACAAGGUCGUCUCAGCGAUAGACGUCGGGAAGGGGAGUCUGAUGAAAGCUCGAGUAGCCCGUCGCCUCCAGCGUCAACUCGCCCUCGAGUUGAGUCUCCGGAAGCUGGCAUUGACGAUCAAAGGAGCAUCACACCGAGUAGCGAUGGGCUCAGGGACAUACUGUGCUACUGCUUGUGUAUACCGCGGUGUCACAAAGACUAG